AUGGAAGUUAACAAGCCUGUGGUGCUCAUCACCGGCUGUUCUGAAGGAGGAAUCGGCUACGCGCUAUGUGAGGAAUUUGCCCCACACGCUGAGGUGGUCUACGCAACGGCUCGCCGACUCGAGGCGAUGACCACCUUUAAACAUGAUAACAUCCGAACACUUGAGAUGGACGUGUGCAUCCCGAAAUCUAUUGAAGCUGCUGUCCGUGAGGUCAUUGAGAAAUGUGGGAGACUCGAUAUUGUAGUGUCCAAUGCUGGAGUCGGUGCAUUCGGACCAAUCCUGGACGUCUCCGUCGAUUGGGCGCGUGCGGCCUUUGACACGAAUUAUUUCGGCAGCCACAGGCUGGCACAGGCUGUCCUGCCCCAUAUGUUUCAGCGAAAAUCGGGAAAGUUCAUAUUGGUCGGGUCCAUUGGCGGCCUGGUUCCAGUGCCUUGGAAUGGUACCUAUGCCGCAUCGAAGGCCGCGCUCCAUACGUUAGCGGACGUCUUGAGACACGAAUGUACCCCGUUCAACGUUCAAGUCAUGACCCUCCUUCCUGGCUUCGUUAAAUCGCACAUCAUCGACAACAUGCACGGUUUCAAUGUAUCUCCGACGAGCGUCUACCAACCGUGGAAUGAAGCCCUCCAAAAGCGUUUCUCUGCUAGUCAAACUAAUCCAUCUUGCAUGCCCACCAAACAAUUCGCUAAGAUAGUGGUGAAGGAGCUUCUUCGAAAGGAACUGAAAUGGUUCUUUUACUCGGGAGGGUAUUCGACAUGGAUGUGGUUCAUGACCUUAUGGCCACGGAAGUGGGCGCUGCAGUAUUUCUGGCGUCGAAACAGCAAGUGAGAGCAGACGAAUUCAUUCAUUAUUUAGGCAGAAGACCAUAUACAUAUCUUGAUAAUGUAU